AUACUUUAGGCAUAAUUACUAUACUUACAAUUACCCUUAUGGGUUGUCUGGGCUUCAGAUUAGAGUGGGGUGGAGUGGGCUAUAAUAGCCCACUCCAAGUUUGGGGCUCCAACUAUUAUACCCAAAUUAACAAUAGUAUUUACUAUUCCCUAACCUACGAUUUCUACAAUGUUCACUAUUUGCAACCUCCCGGUUUCGUCUCACUCGUCUCUUAGCUCAUCUCUUCCAUCUCUCUUUUUCUCUGUCGAAUGUAGUGCUAAGAUCUUGGCUCGUCUCUUCCAUUUUCGUCGAUUCUACUCCUCAUAUAUGCUUUUUCUCUCUAUCUUCUUUAUCGAUUCCACUCCUCAAAUGUGGUUUUCGUCUCUUUCAUCUUCGUCGAUGCCACCUCGGAUCUUGUUUCACGUCUCUUUAUCUCCGUCGAAACCAGAUCUAGAUCCUUAAAGCCUCUAACUUUAUUUCGUCUAACCCUUCACAGAUCUAUAAAUCUAUGUUUAAGGUGGUACUCUCGUUGCAUGUUUUUCUCUAGAUCUGAUUAGGGUUUCCUAUAAAUUCCUCUCCUCUAUUGUUGUUCCAAACGCGUCUGUUCCUUCUUCCCCUUGCCAUUUUAAACAAAGUAUUCUCUUGCCACUCCAAACGAAGAAUUCUCUUUGCUACUUCGUUCAAUUUCCUCAUUCUAUGGUAUCAUUCUGAUGUUUAAUUUGUUUAAUUAAGGGAUAAUUUUGCUUGAUGAGGGGUGGAGGUUCUCGUUUGGAGAAUGAUAGAUAUUUUGGAGCUUGGUAGGAGAGAUGAGAUGUAAGGUAAUUUUCUUUCCAAGUCGAUGAUGUAGAUCCAAACCAAUCCAACCAAAAUAGAAAAAGUUAACAUUAAACUCAAUCAAGAAAAAAAGAAAACAAACUCAAUCUAAGGCCUAUAGCCUUAUAGUUGGAGUUGCAUAAUCAAAAUGGUUGGGGUUGAAGAGUGAUUUGAAGAGAGCAAUGGAGGGAAGAAUAUAAAAGUGGUGUUUAGAGUCUAAAAAGCAGGCAAAAGGGACUGACCAAGUCAAGACCGCAAUUUCGUGAAGAAGGGGAAACGAAAGACGACGACGUGAUGGCUUUAUGUUAAGCACUUCGGUUCGUUCAACCGUCCUACUUAAAACCAUAACAAACCAUCUCUCCUCCAACAUUUCUUCUUCUUCGUCGUCCACUUUCUCUGCACAAACAGAGCAAUAUAAAAAGUCCACCCCUGAGUCUUCCCUCUCCCUCCUUCUUUAAAUCUCUCCCUCUUCUUCUUCCCAUUUCACAUUUCCCAAUUUCUCUUCAAUUUCCCCCCAUGGAAGAGCACGCAUCCACAAUCAACCGCCCAUUUGGGGGUUCAUUUGCCAUGGAACUCACCGGCAAAAUCAUGCUCGCCGCCAUUUUAAUCCUCUGUUUAGUCAUUGCCUUCGUUCUCAUUCUCCAGCUUUACUCCCGCUGGUUCUUAUCUCACAUUCACCAAUCCUCGCCGGAUUCCGCCGCCAAUCACGAAUCCCCUGUUUCUUCUACAUUACAUAAAGGGCUUGAUUCCGCCCUGCUGCAGUCCAUUCCGGUCGUGGUGUUCUCGCCGGCGGAUUUCGAAGAGGGAUUAGAAUGUGCUGUUUGUUUGUCGGAGUUAAGUGAGGGUGAGAAAGCUCGGUUGCUUCCGAUCUGCAACCAUGGCUUCCAUGUGGACUGUAUUGAUAUGUGGUUCAAAUCCAAUUCCACUUGCCCUCUUUGUAGAAACCCAGUGAUCCCCACGGAAUCCAAUUCUGAACAUAAUUUGGAAUCUGGGUCUUCAAUGGAGUCUCCAAUUUUUCCUACAAAUGUUCUGUUUUGGGGGAAUCAAAUGCAGGUCAGUUCAAGAGGGAUUUGUUUGGAAGAAUCUCAAAUUUCUUCUUCUUCAGCAAAUACAAGGGCAGAUGGAAAUGGAAUGGUGGUAAUUGACAUUCCCAACGAGCCCUCUACAUCCGGCGCCGGCGGCUGUUUCGCCGAUGAAGAAACGGGAUCGGUUGUGACAAACAGAUUGAGAACGUUGAAAAGGCUUUUAAGCAGAGAGAGAAGAAUUGGCAACAAUCUCACUUCUUCAGAUCUUGAACAAGUAGGGAUAGUGCAGAGUUAGAGAAAAUUUAGAAAAAAUCUUUUGCACAUAUAGAGGUAGAAGAAUCGGGUUUUUUCUUUUUUUUCUUUUUUUUUCAAAUUUGUUUGAGUUUCAAGCCAGAGACUGUGAUCUUCAUAGUCCGGUUGUUGCUAUUGUAAAACCUGCAAUUAUAUGGAUGAAAAACAAAUUUGCUUGUAAUGGGAAAAACAAGAAAUGGGUUUAAUUUAUGUUUAAAUUUGAAAGAUUGAGAGAAAGAGUUCAUCUUC